AUGACAAACCCCCUCGCCUUGGACCUCGACACCCUCCUGACCCCGACCGCACUCAGUGUCGGCCUCGCCCUCCUCUCCUUCGGCGUCUACCUCUCCUCGACCCUCCUCUCCUCCCCACACCCCAAGCCCAACAUGCCCCUCAACACGACAGAGCACACCGCCCCCCUCGAGCUAGUGAAUGAGGGUGGGCAGCUCAACCGCCUUGCCGCGGGGUGGGCGCGCGGCCCCAUCGUCACCUCCGAGCUCCUCCCGAGCGGCGCAUGGUGGGGCUACCGCAGCAAGCAGUGGGAGUACUGGGGCGUCAUCUCCCCCUCGCUCGUUUUGGGCCUCACGCUCGCGGAUCUAGACUACGGCACCGUGAUCCAGCUGUACCUGCACGACCGUGCAGCCAACAAGUCGUACAGAUGGGAAAUGCCCGGCAUCCCGCCCAACCGCGACCUGGUACACCUGCCCAAGACGCUGCCGCCGUUCACGUGUCAGGGCCAGACGGGCCAGUUCAAGGUCAUGUUUGCCGACACUGAGCAAGCGGGCAAGAAGAUCACGACGCUGGCCGCCAAGGCGCCGGCUAGUGGUACUACGCCUGCGGUCGAAAUGCACCUCGAGGUCAACACGGCGGGGGAGAGCUUUGGCGUCGUCGUGCCCUGGUCCGACUCUCGGUUCCAGUACACGCUGAAAGCGCCCGCACUGCCCACGACGGGCACCGUGAAACUCGGCGAGAAGACGUACACCGUGAACAACGCGUGGGCGACGCUGGACCGCGGCCGGGGCCGGUGGCCGUAUCGGAUGGCGUGGAACUGGGGCGUGGCGCUGGGCCAGAAUAGCGCGGGACAGCGCGUCGGCCUCACGAUCGGCGGAAGGUGGACCGAUGGGACAGGCACGACGGAGAAUGCGCUCCUCCUCGACGGCGUCGUGCAGGGCCAGGGCCCGCUCGAGGACGUAGCAUGGAUUUACGACCUGAAGGCUCCAGAGAAGCCGUGGAAGAUCAGGGGAUCCUGGAUCGACGCCGAGAUCACGCCGUGGCACGUCCGUGUUGCUGGUGCUCAGAAGAUCGUCAUGAGCUCGUUCACGACCCAGGUGUUUGGACAGUGGAAGGGAAGCGCGACUGUGGAUGGGAAGACCGUCAGUCUCGACGGGCUCACGGGCUGGGCCGAGGAUGCCGCGAAUCGGUGGUAG